GUCCUGUUCGUGUCUGCUGUCCUUAAUACAAGUGAUACCAUCAUCUUCAACACAGAUACAGGGAAUACGAACACUCUAGAGUGUAUCCCUCGAAGGAACCCGUGCUGGAGAUGAAUGGCGCCGAUGUUGCAGCAGAGGCUGCCGACGUCACCACUAGUACGCAGGGCAGAGUUGACAACCUAGAGAGAAAAGUUACAGGCCUGACGGACGAGGCACAGCAGCUGCCAGGGCCUCACCGCGGCGCCCUCGGAAAGUUUGAGAAUGAGGGGGAGUCCGGCGGCGCUGGGGUGGGCGCUGUCAUCAUGGGCACUACGUCUGCCCGCGGUCUGCUGGAAGAGGGGCCGCACAACGACGGAAUCACGCCGCCCGCACAGCACGGGGGAAGAAGCACCAGACCGGGAGCCAGGCUGGUACUGCCAAGGAUCCCUGCUGGAGUGGACCCGGGCAUUGGACCGGGCAGCGGGGAGGUCAUGGGGUCAUCAUCCCAAGAGCAGCCUGCUGCGGUGGGCGCUUACAUAGACUACACGGCUGCAGAAGAGACCAUCAGCAGUAGACCGGUUGCGGAAGGCGAACCGGUGUGGGCAUUUCAGGUCCCUGCUAACGGUGGGUUUGGUAGAUUCCAGAACACCGAAUACCUCAAGAUAGGCAGCGAUGGUAGAGAUGCAGCUGCCGCUCGAGGCACUGGCCGAAGGGUCAGAGCAACGUACUCAUCACGUCGAGAAGAGCUGUGCGGUGCUGGAGGGGGUGCCGCAGACGGCACACCAAGUGUGCCUGUUGACCGCGGGAAAGUACUUGCGUCUCGAGAGCUGGGGCAUCAUGCAUCCCCGCGACGCCGUCGGUGUGCCAUCAAAACAACCAGCGCAGGCCACUGCGCGCGCACCAUCCACACACAGCAGCAGCAGCAGCAGGAGAUGGUGAAGAUGGCACCAUUACAGCAGCGUGGAAGGGUCAAGACACAGAAAGCCGGCCGCAAGGCCAUGUGCCCAUAGCCGCGACGGGAGGGGC